CUUCACAUCUCAACCUUAAUUAGAAGGGAAAAAAAAACUUGUUUUCCCCUUAUAGAGCAUUGGAUAGUUGGAUAUGAAACUUCCAUGGCCCUGCUAUCUUCAACACCUCUUGUUCUUCUCCUUCUUCUUGCAUUUUCAGCAACAUUGUUCAUCAUCUUUAGCAAAAAGCUGCCAUCCAAAUGAGAGAUCAGCCUUGCUUAAAUUCAAGGAUUCACUAAUCAUUGAAGAUGAUGAUUCUUAUUAUUCCUUUUGUGACAAGGCACACCCUCUGAAUAAGACUUGGGUGGAGGCUACAGAUUGCUGCUCUUGGGAUGGUAUCACAUGUGAUAGGUUGACAGGUCAUGUGAUUGGCAUGGACCUUAGCUGCCAUGCGCUUUAUGGCACCAUCACUCCCACCAGUACCCUUUUUCUCUUGCCACACCUCCAGAAGCUCAACCUCGCUUGGAGUCGUCUCAGUGGUUCUAUAUCAUCUGGGUUUGGUUUAUUCGCAAAUUUGACGCACCUUAAUCUCUCCAGUUGUUUAUUCUCGGGCCAAAUUCCUCCUGAAAUUUCCCGCCUGUCCAAAUUGGUUUCACUUGAUUUGUCUUUCAAUUCUGACUCUGAUAAAAUCCUGAAAUUUCACAAUCAUGGAUUUGAAAAACUAUCGAGAAACCUUACGAAAUUGAUUGUUCUGGAUCUACGUUAUGUAGAUAUGUCUUUGGUUGCACCUAAAUCUUUGUUGAACCUUUCUUCUUCUUUGAAAUCUCUUCAUCUCUCAAAUUGUUUUUUGCAGGGGAAUUUACCAGGAGAUUUUUUGCACUUUCAGUCCCUUGAGAUACUCGACAUUUCGUCCAACUUUGAUUUGGUCAUUAAUAUUUCAGAAGCUAAAUUGUCUGCUUCAUUAAGGUUCUUAGAUAUCCAUGAGAUGAGUUCGUCAGGAGAGCUUUCAGAUUCGAUAAUCAAUCUCCUGUCAUUGGAGUACUUAGAUCUCUCAUUCAACCGUUUCUUUGGUUCAAUUCCAGCAUCACUUGGCAAUCUUGAGUCCGUGAAGCACUUCGAUUUUUCAAACAACAAUUUCUUUGGCUCAAUUCCAGCAACAGUGGGCAAUCUCAUGUCCUUGGAGUACUUGGAUCUUUCAUUCAACAAUUUCUUUAGCUUAAUACCAACAUCACUUGGUGAUCUCAAGUCCUUGAAGUACUUAGAUUUCUCAUUCACCAAUUUUUCUGGCUCGAUGCCAGCAGCACUUGUCAAUCUCGAGUCCUUGAAGUACCUGGAUGUCUCAUUCGCCAAUUUUUCUGGCUCGAUUCCAGCAGCAUUUGGCAAUCUCAAGUCUUUGGAGUACUUGGAUCUCUCCUUCAACAAUUUCUCUGGCUGUAUACCACCAUCACUUGGUAAGAUUAAGAAACUCAAAUUCUUGGCUUUGAAGUCCAACCAAUUUUCUGGGCAGAUUCCUGAUAUUUUUGCUAAACCUAGCAAAUCAGACUUGCUAAACCCAUCUUCCUCCAAUUUCAGCGGUCAGUUGCAAUUUUCUCUUCUCGAUGUUGAUUUGAGUGAUAAUGAGUUACAUGGCCCGAUUCCAAGUUCGAUUUUUGAACUUGUGAACCUUAAGAGUCUUUUUCUUUCCUCUAAUAACCUGAGUGGCAUUAUUGAGUGGAACAUGUUUCAAAAGCUCAAAAAUCUUGUGCAACUUGAUCUUUCAUGGAACAGUGAACUAUCAUUGAGAAGUAGCAGCAAUGUCAACUUUACUUUGCCCUACCUUUUCUCAUUGGCUCUUUCUUCUUGCAACAUAACAAAAUUCCCACAUUUCUUGAAAACCUUAGAGAAUUUGAGCUAUUUAGAUCUUUCUCAUAAUAGAAUUUAUGGCAAGAUUACCAAGCAAAAGUCAAUCGGAUGGGAAAGUUUAAGUACUUUAAGUCUCUCUCACAACUUCUUGACUGGAAUAGAGCAAUAUCCAUGGAGCAACAUUAGAACUCUGGACUUGAGUUUCAACUUCCUCAAAGGACCACUUCCAGUACCACCAAAUUCGACCGAGAUUUUCUUGAUUUCAAACAAUCAAUUGAGUGGAGAGAUCCCUUCCUUGGUUUGCAAUUUGAGUUCUCUUGUGGCGCUUGAUUUGGCUAACAAUGAUUUUGAAGGCUUGCUUCCAAAAUGUUUAGAGGACAUUGCUAAAUUUCUCUUUAUCUUGAAUUUGCAGGGUAAUAACUUCUUUGGUAGAAUCCCUGAAAUAUUUGCACAUGAUAGUAGUUUAGUGUAUCUGAACGCUAAUGGCAACAAAUUCGAAGGGCCAUUACCAAGAUCUCUAGCGAAUUGCAGGAGGCUGCAAAUAUUGGAUUUGGGGAACAACAAGUUAAAUGACACAUUUCCCCAUUGGUUGCAACAUCUUCUAGACCUGCAAAUUCUUAUCUUGCGAUCCAAUAGCUUCCAUGGCACCAUAGGAAAUCCCAUUACUAAAUCUCCUUUUCCCAAGUUGCAAAUUCUUGAUCUCUCUCACAAUGAACUCACUGGACUUCUACCUACAAAGUAUCUACGGCACCUGAAAUAUUUGAUGAAGGUGAAUGAAGAUAAAGCUGGAUCAAAAUAUGCGGGGGACAGCGCAUAUUAUUUUCAAGAUUCUUUAGCAGUGGAUCUGAUAAUGAAAGGGGUGGAGCUUGAAAUGAAUGAAAUACUAACCAUUUUCACAGCCAUUGAUUUUUCAAAUAAUAGAUUUCAAGGACACAUUCCUGAAGAAGUUGGUAUGUUGAAGUCUCUAGUGGUGCUCAACUUUUCUCACAAUUAUCUAACAGGUCAUAUCCCAUCAUCGCUUGCAAACUUGACAGAGGUUGAAUCACUAGACCUCUCCGAAAACAGACUUGUUGGAGAAAUUCCUCAACAACUAACAGUUUUAACAUUUCUUGCUGUGUUGAAUCUUUCAUAUAACCAACUCAAUGGAACCAUUCCUCAAGGUAACCAAUUCAACACAUUUUCAAAUGAUUCCUACAUAGGGAACAUCGGUUUGUGUGGAUUUCCACUAUCAAAGAAAUGCAACAAUGGUGAGGCACCCCAAUUACCUUCACCAAGAUUUCAAGAAGAAGGAGAUUCUACAGACUGCUGGUAUGAUUGGAAAAUUGCAUUGAUGGGCUAUGGAUGUGGGCUAGUGUUUGGAUUGUCUAUGGGAUAUAUCAUAUUUGCAACAGGAAAACCACAAUGGUUUGUGAGGAUGGUUGAAGGAAAACAAUACAAAAGGGUGAGAAGACCAAAAAAAUUUAGGGGCAUUGGGAGAAGAACUUAGUAAAUGCAGAAGUAAUGCUUCAUAUUAGAAUAAUUGUGCAACGUUUCAUAUUCAUGAGCAUGUCUUUUUAACGUUUUCUCCAUAUAUGUUUUAAGUUCCAAA